AAAUCAAAUACUUCACCACCUCAAAUAACAGACAACAAAAAACCUCACAUUGACAAUCUCAAACAAGUUUUGUACUUCAAAAAAUGGCCAAAUUAUUAUACACAUUUAGACCAGACACAACAAGUUUAUCUUGUCUGUCAUCACACCGUAAAUUUCAAAAUACCAAAUUCUUAAAACCAACAUCGCCACCAUCUUUACUAAAUUCCUUUAAUGGGUUUUCCAAGAUUUGUUGUAACAUUAAAGAAAAAUCAAAUCUUGCUGAAAAUGAGAGGAUUUUUCCUGUAGUUAGAGUUGAUGAUGAUGAAUUAUUGGAAGAAAAUGUAAAUGGAAUUGGGAAAUUAGGGUUUCGAAAUAUGAAUAAUUGGCCACCUUGGAGAAAUGUUCCCCAAAGAUAUAAACUUAUUGGUACUACUUCACUUGCUUUUGUUAUCUGUAACAUGGAUAAGGUAAAUUUGAGUAUUGCAAUUAUACCAAUGUCACAUCAGUUUGGAUGGAGUUCAUCAGUAGCAGGAUUAGUACAGUCAUCGUUCUUUUGGGGGUAUGCCAUGAGCCAGUUGCCAGGCGGAUGGCUUUCGAAAAUAUUUGGUGGGAGGGUAAUUCUUCAGUUUGGCGUUCUUGCUUGGUCGCUUGCCACAGCACUUGUUCCUCUUGUUGCUGGUUUUAUGCCUGGACUUGUGUUUACACGGAUUCUAGUUGGAAUUGGAGAAGGAGUAUCGCCUUCGGCUGCCACGGAUCUGAUUGCCAGGCUAAUUCCCUUGGAAGAACGCUCACGCGCAGUGUCAUUUGUAUUUGGUGGUUUAAGUGUUGGAAGCGUCUUGGGGCUUCUUUUGGCUCCUCCAUUGAUUGAAAGUUUUGGCUGGGAAUCCGUAUUCUACAUGUUUGGAUUGUUCGGAAUUGUGUGGUUCCUGGGGUUCCAAUUUGUCGCAGAAGACCAACCUUCAUCCAACUCUACACAGUCAUCAAGGUCUCAGUCAAUUACUAAGACAAAAUCAUGGGAAACUUCUAUGGAGGAAUUUGGUGGCUCACUAAAUGUACCAUGGAAGUCUUUUUUUCAAAGUAAAGCUGUAUGGGCGAUGAUAUAUGCUCAUUUUUGUGGCAGUUGGGGUCAUUAUUGCUGUUUGUCCUGGCUUCCUACUUAUUUCAGUGAGGAACUUGACCUGAAUUUAACAGAAGCUGCUUGGGUUUCCGUCCUUCCACCCCUAGCUUCAGUUAUUGUCACCAGUCUUGCAUCACAGUUUGCAGACAGCUUAAUCUCCAGUGGAGUCGAAACAACUGUGGUGCGCAAGAUAUGCCAAACAAUUGCAUUUUUGUCUCCUGCUGCAUGUAUGAUUCUAUCAUCUGUUGACUUGGGUUUGCCCCCAUGGGAAGUUGUCACUAUCCUUACCGGUGGUUUAGCUCUUUCCAGCUUUGCCUUAUCAGGACUUUAUUGUACGCAUCAAGAUAUUUCACCUGAAUAUGCAAGCAUACUUUUGGGCAUUACGAAUACGGUAGGGGCUGUUCCUGGAAUUGUAGGUGUUGCUCUCACCGGAUAUCUUCUAGAUUCAACACAUUCAUGGAGUCUGUCACUCUUUGCACCUUCAAUAUUCUUCUACCUCACUGGUACUGUCAUAUGGUUAGCAUUUGCAAGCAGUAAGCCUCAAACUUUCAAGAAGAUAGAUUAAAGAAAAAGAUUUCUAUUGACUACCACUAACUUGGACCCCUUCAGCAAUUUUGAAUGGAAGGUGACCAACUUUCUCUAACCAAAACUGUUGUAUGUAUAUGAAUUCAUAGCUUAAAAAGAGAACAUUUAUAUCCCUACAGUAUGUAUGGAUCCUUGUAUAUGUUACAUUUUUGAAGAGCUUUAGUUAAUAGUUAUAAAAGUUCAAAUAUGUAAUUAUUGGUGA